AUGCUACUGUGUGGAGAUGCUACUGUGUGGAGAUACUACUGUGUGGAGAUGUUACUGUGUGGAGAUGCUACUGUGUCGAGAUGCUACUGUGUGGAGAUGUGGAGAUGCUACUGUGUGGAGAUGUGGAGAUGCUACUGUGUGGAGAUGUGGAGAUGCUACUGUGUGGAGAUGUGGAGAUACUACUGUGUGGAGAUGUGGAGAUACUACUGUGUGGAGAUACUACUGUGUGGAGAUGUGGAGACGCUACUGUGUGGAGAUGUGGAGAUACUACUGUGUGGAGAUGUGGAGAUGCUACUGUGUGAAGAUGCUACUGUGUGGAGAUGCUUCUGUGUGAAGAUGCUUCUGUGUGGAGAUGCUACUGUGUGGAGAUGCUACUGUGUGAAGAUGCCACUGUGUGGAGAUACUACUGUGUGGAAAAGAACAUUUCUCUGUUCACCUGUGUUCAACAAUUUAUCAUUGCUACAAAAUCUGUUUGAUUAUGUAACACUCUUAAAAUAUUAUUUUGAAAAUGCUUCAUAA